AACACCAGAACCACAGACUCUGGACUUUACACAAUGAAGAUCAACUCUGAGGAUUCAGAAUGGAAAUUCAGUGUCACUGUCAGCAGCCGGCUUCCUUGGGAAAAACGUCCAGAGCAGAAAGAAGAAUCCACAGAAAAUACACCAGAAGAGUCAAAGCUGCUAACAAGUCAAGACUCACCCAUCAGAGAGGAGGAGCAGACAGAGAACAGUAAGACGGUGUCACUGAUGGAGGGAGGAUCGUUAUUAAUCAGGACUGGAGAUGCUUUCACACAGAGGCCUGAUAUGAUCAAGUGGAUGUUUAAACACAAGUGUAUUGCUGAACUCACUGGAAAUACACCUGCUGCUGCUGCUGCUCAUGUUGAUGUUGAUAAAGAUGAAAGAUUCACAGGCAGACUGAAGCUCGACCAUUAUACUUUCACCAUCACAAACACCAGAACCACAGACUCUGGAUGUUACACACUGAGGAUGAGAACAGGGGAUUCAAAAUGGGAAUAUAUUUUCAAUGUCAGAGUGCUUUCUAAAAAAAACAAAGGGAAUUUUUCCGAAGCGGCAAACGCAAAGACUGAAUCAGAUCCUUUGUGGUCUGUUCAUGUUGCACAAAAUAACAAGGAAUUGUGUGUAGUGAAUGUGGUUCUGAAACCCUCAAAUGUGCCGGUGUCCCGUCCGGCACUCCCGGCCCGGUGUCCCGUCCGGCACUCCCGGGCCGGUGUCCCGUCCAGCACUCCCGGGCCGGUCCCGUCCGGCACUCCCGGGCCUCUCCAGCCAUGGUCCGUUCCGGCAGUCCUCCAGGGGACUAGGACAGUUCCUCCAAGGACUUCCCCUGUCAAGCCCUCUGGGGCUCCGCGCUCUGGCGUGCCCCCACGGGCUAGGACUUCCCCACCCAGCCCCUACCCUUUUGGACUGCCCCCUAGGAACUCUUGUUUUGCCCCACCACCCCUCCCAUGUCUGUUGUUUAUAUUAUGCCACCCUAACCCAAGUGUGAUAUUUGCCUGUCUGCCCCUGAUCAUGUUUUCAAUGUUCUGUUGGUUUUUGUCUGUUACCCAGUCUGUCUUGUCUUGUUAGUUACCCCUUGGUGAACACCUGGAGGUGUUCAUUUGAGGGGGGGCUUAUGUCAUGAUUCCGCUAUCAUGUCAUGUUUAUUCUUAUUCUUGCAGCGGAGUCAUGACUAAGUCUAGGGUUUUGUGUGAGAAGGAC